CAGUGAGCCACUGUGAAAAAGACUACUGUUACCGUAACUGCUGAUAGACUAGCCUAAUUGCUGAUAGGCAAACUCAAGCUUUGGGAACAGCGAUCCACCUCGAGAUUACUGUACAUCAUGAGUGAGAGACAAGGAUCUGGAGCAACUGCCGGCAACAACAAAACUCCUGGGGGACAAGAUGCGUCUAAGAAGGAUGUCCCUGCGGACGACUUUGACAUCGACAUGGGCGCCCCUGAGACGGAGAAGGCGGCCGUCGCCAUCCAAUCCCAGUUCAGGAAGUUCCAGAAGAAGAAGACUGACGACAAGUCCUAGUGGCCUGAGGGGUUUCCCCUGUUGCCCAUGGACACCAGGGCGCGUCGCCAUGGCACCUCAUUUGCAUGUCAACUAAUUCAUACCCGUACAAACUCUAGGGGACGAGGGCGGGGGUGGGAGGGUGAAACCGGGGGAAGCAAGCAAAGACAGAAGCCUGUCGUUCACUGACAUGUCUGUGAAGUCCCGUGACCUAUUCUUUAAUUGCUGUACCAAUAAAUGAGGAAAAAUAUCUGUU